GUCGUCCCACAGAAGAAGAAAUCCGGCAUCUCUUCCUCGAUCGAUUGACUGACGUCCAUGCUUGGAACCGCCAUGGCGUCGACCGUUCUUCCUCUCUUCCUCCUCCCGCUCGGCGAAUGCUGCAAGUAUGAGUUCAUCGUCGCCAGAUGAAGAUGACGAAGAACUCAUGUCCCAAGUGGAUGUGUUCAUUGUGUUGCGUGACAAACGAUAGAGAAAUCUAGGUGAGAAGAGAAGUCACAGGUAGAAGUGUGCUGGAAGAGAGGUGGUAGGGGUGGUUUAUAUAGAUCGGAAAUAUGGCCGUUGGAAAUAUAGCCGUUGGAAAUAUAGCCGUUUGAAAAUAUAGCCGUUGGAAUAUACACGUCCUAAUUUACACGUUCCACUGAAAAACUGGGAGAUGUAUAAUUUAGCAAGGUGUAUAUGGACGUGUAUAUGGAGAUAUACACGUCCAAAUUUACACGUUCCACUAGAGAUGCUCUAACAAUGGGAUGGGAUGGGAUGACUAGCCUUAGUUGCCCUUGUGCAGCCAGCCAACCAAACACGUCCUUGGUUUCGUGCAGCUCUUAUCCCUGCUCCACUCCACGUUCUCCGCAUAGGACGCCAAUUCGCUCGACUAUCUCUCCCUCGCCGCCGCCGAACCAAAAUCCUUCCAUCAGCCGCGGCCGAGCCAAUCCUUCCCUCAGCCGCCCUCCAUUCCAUCCGCCACCGGCAGCGGCGGGGCUCCUCGCAUCACAUCUCCACGCGCUACGUUGGCGGCAUUCUGCUAGGCCAACCAUCCGCCGUGAAGAACACAGACAUCUAAUGGCGCCGCAGCUCCUGGGCUACUACUGGGUCUCCUCCUGGCCCCGGCUCCCGCAGGUUCCCCCGUGGCCCUGCGCAUCCCACGCCCAGCGCCGGGUGAUAUGCUUUGGGCCGCCCCGCUGCCGCGCCGGCGCAGUCAGGGUGUUAGCGGAGGUGGACCCUGCGCUGGCCCUGGACCGCGGUGCGAAGGCGGUGGAAAUCCAGUUUCCGACUGAGGAGGACGGUGUGGGGAAUGAGGAAGACGGCGAGGCAGUGGACGAGAGGGAGAUGAUGAGGCGGAUGCGGAUAUCGCAGGCGAACAAGGGGAAUACGCCGUGGAACAAGGGCAGGAAGCACAGCCCAGAGACGCUCCAGCGGAUUCGGGAGAGGACACGGCUUGCUAUGCAGAACCCCAAGGUGAAGUCAUGUAAGAAUUGUUGUUGCUAUUUAUAUGUUAAUCCCUUGGUAUUUGAGUAGUGUUACUUGAGCUAACUACUCCUUAUCCUCCUUUGCGGCGAUGAGCCUGUUGGCGGCGCCUUCUUCUCUGGCCGCCAUCGCGCGCUCUGUGGCGAGGAGCUUCGCAUCUGCCUCCCGGCACCUCAGGGUGUGCGGGAAAAGGCGUUGUGGAGGUCUUUGAAGCGGGCCCACGCGUUUUCUCCGCCGCCGUGGGAAAGGCGGCUGGGGUCGCGCGCCUGCUUGGACCGCCAUGGCUUGCCGGCAGGCCAGCUGGAGCUUCCGGCCUCCGUGUUGCGUCGAGCGAGCUUGCGCGGCGGUGACUCGCCACGGCUACCAUGCCCGUGAGCAGCAUCGGCCAUGGAUCAUCGGUCGAAGGCGAGAAAUGAAAGGAGAUGGGCGGCAGCAUCGGCCAUGGAUCAUCGGUCGAAGGCGAGAAAUGGAAGGAGAUGGGCGGCUAAUUGCUCGCCGUAGUACUCUCGCUAGCGGUGGACUGCGGCGGAGCUUAUCUGAUACGCUAACCCUAAAAAGUCCCCGACCCCAUACAUAUUCCCCAUACAUAUUCUGAUGGGCGAUUUGCGGGCCGCCUGUAAAUUUUACAGGCCGCGGACUUUUAGGAGGCCUGUUUGGGCGAGAAAAAGCGAAAAACUGUAAAACGGUGGUAUUUUACGAGUUGGCAAGGAUAUAGCGGAUCUGCUAGAGUUGCUCUAACAAAGGCAUUAGGGCAAGUUUGUUUCCAUGAGCUCAACACAAGGAUUCAAAUGGUCAAGAUCAGUGCCAAGUAGACACAUAAGGAUUAGGGGGUGUAGAUUUCACAGCAGUAAUACGAGCUACAACUUCAGAAAUAAAACUAUCCUGUGUUCAACACCAACUCUUCUCUGCCUCUCUACCUCAAGUCUGUUCUAAAACCCCUCAUAACAGUGGGGAAUAUCACAUGCUAUACAAAGGACUAGUGUCACACCUGCUACUACAUAGAUGUGGACUGAUAAGGGAGAAGGGUAGUACCGGCUGAGCCCAGUGAGUCCAUGGGCCGGCUGUGGCCCAUUGUAACCAGUGGUAGGGUGUGUGUGGGUACUUAGCCAAACCUCUCCAGUGUAAUGCGUAUCGAAUGAAAGAACAAGUCAAUUCGGUCUCUCCCCUUCUCCUACCUACCUCUGCUCCACCCCAAAUUCCCCUCUCGUGCGACUGAUUCUCCCCUAUCGGUCGUCACAAUUGGUAAUCAGAGCCAACAAUCCCCCCCUCCCCCAAAUUUUUGCGCCGCGGCAUCCUCAACUCCCUUGACCGAUCUGUAACAUCCAUCGCUGUCGGUGGGAGUUCACUCCGGUGAGAUCCCACGGAAUCCACAUCGGGGUUCGAUUUGUUCGGGGCGGGUACCACGGCGCCGUCCAAGCCUUCCGUCCAGACCCGACGACUCCUCACUGCCAAGGGGGAACAAACAACGAAUCUCACCGCCAUGAUGGAGAAGCUCUUGUCCAGAUUCGAUGAAGAGCAAGCUCUGGCGACCAAACAAGCAGAGGCACAGGCCAUGUUCAACACGCACGUCUCACGUCUCCACCGAGCUGCAGAGCCCGUCGAAGCAGAUCGGGCUCACGCAGGCCGACGUGGAUGACAUGCGCAAGGUGACUUCUCUGACGGCUUCUUCCGCUACAACAUCGGCGUCGCAGGUGGACAACCUCUCCGCGGCAGGUCCCUGCACGCCGGCGCCCACCAACGGCCUCCAGCAACCCGCACCUUCCCUAGAGCAGCGCGCCGCACCUCAUCCAAGUGCUUUGCCGAUUCCACAGGCCAUCAUGGGCCACGGCCCCAUUGUGCGAAAUGAAGGCCCACCCCUGCUUGCUCUCCCCGAACAGCCGGCUGCGGUGGAGCGGCUUCAGCAUCCACUACAGCGCCACGAGCACGCUCCCCAGCCACGAGAGAAGUACGCCACCAAGCCGCCGAAGCACAACUUCCCCCGCUUCGACGGUGAACUACCGCGGGUUUGGCUGGACCGCUGCCUUGCGUACUUCGAGAUGUAUCAGGUGCCACUGCACAAUUGGGUGGCGGCGGCGGCUCUCUACGUCGACGGACACGUCGCGCUUUGGCUUCGGGCCUUCCGUCAGACACAUGUGGAUAUCACCUGGGAACA